AUGGUGCCUCAAGGGCCUCCCAAUCAACAAGGUGGAUCCCAGCCGAUUCCUCCAUCCCUGUUGAGAUCAAAUUCUAGUUUGUUGGGAGGUCAACGGGGUGGUAUUUCUUCACAGAAUGCGUUCCCGCCUCUUGUAACACCGCAGAACCAAUUUAGCAUGAACAUGUUGGGGAAUGGCCCCAAUGUUUCUUCUUUGCUCCAUCAGUCAUUUGGUAAUGGUGGUCCAAGUUCUGGCUCCCAGCGGGGGCUUAUUGAUAACGGGGCUGAGACCAAUCCACUCUUGAGCGUCGGCAAUGGGAUGGGAUUUAAUCAAUCUUCUUCAUCUUGUAUGUCUUCAUCUAUCACAAUGAAUCCAAACUCAUCUGGUCAAGUUCAAGGCCAGCAACAAUUGCCAACCACUUCCAGCAAUCAGAUGUUGAUAGACCAAAAACAAGUCCAACAACUUGAUCCUAACAAUUUUCAGCAUAAUCAGCUGCAGUUUUCUGUUCCCGGGAACCCCCAACAAAAACAGCAGCAACAAUUUCAAACAAUGCAAUCUGGAUUAGGAGGUGUUGGACCAGUUAAGUUAGAGCAACAAGUGAUGCAUGAUCAAACAUCACAGCAGUUGCAUGCUUUGCGAAGUCUUGGUACUGUCAAAUUGGAACCACAACAAUUACCAAAUAUGAGAAGUGUGGCGAAUGUCAAAGUGGAACCACAACAUUCAGACGCGUCUUUGUUUUUACAGCAGCAGCAGCAACAGCAUCAGCAGCAGCAGCAGCAGCAUCAGCAGCAGCAGCAGCAGCAGCAGCAGCAGCAACAGCAUCAGCAUCAGCAUCAGCAGCAUCUUCUGUCCAGACAGUCAUCUCAGGUGGCUGCAGCUGCACAGAUUUUGCAUCAACAGAGGCUCAUGCAAAUCCAGCAUCAGCAACAACAGCAACUCUUAAAGUCUAUGCCUCAACAAAGAUCUCCAAUGCAAGCACAGUUACAACUUCAGAGUUUGCCUAUUAGGUCUCCAGUCAAACCAAUAUACGAGCCUGGGAUGUGUGCCCGACGACUGACACAUUAUAUGUAUCAGCAACAACACAGACCUGAAGAUAAUAAUAUCGAGUUCUGGAGAAAAUUUGUUGCAGAAUAUUUUGCACCCAAUUCCAAGAAAAAGUGGUGUGUUUCUAUGUAUGGAAGCUGCCGCCAAACUACUGGAGUUUUCCCCCAGGCUGUUUGGCACUGUGAAAUAUGCAACCGAAAACCUGGUCGUGGAUUUGAGGCAACUUUUGAGGUCCUUCCAAGACUAUUCAAAAUAAAGUAUGAAAGUGGGACGUUGGAAGAACUACUUUACAUUGAUAUGCCUAGGGAGUAUCAGAAUUCAUCUGGGCAGAUUGUUCUAGACUAUGCAAAAGCCAUUCAGGAGAGCGUUUUUGAGCAACUUCGUGUUGUUCGUGAUGGACAACUUCGAAUAGUAUUCUCUCCAGAUCUCAAGAUAUGCUCCUGGGAGUUCUGUGCUCGGCGUCAUGAAGAGCUUAUUCCCAGAAGAUUGCUGAAACCGCAGGUUAGCCAACUUGGGGUUGCUGCCCAAAAAUACCAGGCUGCAACUCAGAAUGCUUCAUCAAAUACUGCUUCUCCUGAGCUACAAAAUAACUACAAUGUGUUUGUUGCUUCAGCUCGUCAGUUGGCCAAAUCUUUGGAAGUCCCAUUGGUAAAUGAUUUGGGAUAUACAAAGAGAUAUGUCCGGUGCCUACAGAUAUCAGAAGUGGUGAAUAGCAUGAAAGAUUUGAUUGAUUAUAGCCGUGAAACUGGUACUGGUCCUAUGGAGAGCUUGGCUAAGUUUCCGAGGUCUACAAAUCCUUCGCCUGGUUUACAAGGUCAGCCUCAACAGUCCGAGACUCAGUUAAGGCAGCAGCAGCAGCAAGCAGUGGUUCAGAACUCAAACACCAAUAAUAUGCAUCUUGCAUCUAUUAAUGGCAUGCCAAAUGCCAAUGACUCUCUGAACUCGGGGCCUGCAACUUCUUCUGCUAAUACCAUUGUUGGGCUUCUUCACCAGAACUCCAUGAAUUCUAGACAGCAAUACCCAAUGUCUGGCGCAAAUGGUCCCUAUAGUGGUAAUAGCAUUCAGAUGCCAUCCCCUGGUUCUUCAAGUGCCAUGCCACAGCCUCAAUUAAGUGCUUCACCUUUCCAAUCGCCCACUUCGUCCUCAUCUAAUAAUCCACAACAAAUGGCACAUAGUGGCUUAUCCGGAGGAGCACACAUGAACUCAAAUUCACCAAAUAUCUCAAUGCAGCAGCCAGCACAUUCAGGUGACCCGGAUGCUAAUGAUUCGCAAAGCUCUGUUCAGAAAAUUUUACAUGAAAUGAGGAUGACCCCUUCCCAGAUUGGUGGAGGUGGUAUGAUGGGCAUGGGGACAAUGGGUAAUGAUGCUAGAAAUGUAAACGGAAUAUUGUCAAGCAGCAAUAAUGGUGGUCUCUUAAGAAAUGGAGUGGCAAAUGGUAAUCAGGGUUUUGGUGGUGCUGGCUUUGGGAUCUCAGGCAAUGGACUCGGCCAUUCAACCAUGGUGAAUGUAACUCGACCUCCACCUGGUAAUAACACUAUAAAUGGAAGAGUAGGCAUGACAAUGGCCCGGGAGCUGAGCAUGAAUCAGCCACAGCAGGACUUGAGUAACCAAUUACAUGGUCUUGGGGCAUUUAGUAAUUUUAAUGAUCUACAAUUUGAUUGGAAACCAUCUCCCUGA